UACCCAGGAUGCAGAGCCAUGCUCGCUGCUCUGGAGCUUAGCAGCCAGAGUGCAAGCAGAAAACAACAGGCUACUCUGCAAAGAAGGCAGCUGCAUGGAUAGCGACAACAACAACGAGCAGGAUCUCACGUAUGCAGUCAUAUUUACUUAGAACGAAAUGCAUUUUAUAUUCACAAUGCGAGGUACUAAAUGUUUUCCGUGAGCUGAACUGAUUUCGAUCCGUUGCUUUGAGGGGAAAGUGUUUGUAAAGUAGCUGGCUAGCACGCUAGCUCUCCGCGUCUCCUCUAUGGUUGAGUAUCUUCCGGCAGCAGCAGCGGCAGCAGCGGUGCCAUGAACAGUGGACUCCCACCUUCCGCUGCUCCGCUCGGGGGUGCCGGGAUACCCAGUGUCAAGGUGAAGUUUUGCCGAUACUACGCGAAAGACAAAACCUGCUUUUACGGAGAUGAGUGCCAGUUCCUGCACGAGGAUCCCUCCAUGGGAAGCAUGUCGCUGCACGGAGGCGGUGGCAGCCCCAUCCCGCUGCCAAUGGCCGGAGGUGGCGGGACGCCAGUGGGGUAUUCCCUCGGCGGAACGGCGGCAGCGGCCAUCCCAGGCGGUGGAGGGACCGGAGUGUCAAAGAAAAGCGAAGCACUGGGGCCUGCAGGCACGACUAUGGAGGGGCAGCUGCUGACCAUCCCAGGAUUGGAGGGUCCAGGUCUCAGCGAUGCCAGUCUCACCAACUCCUACUUCAGCAGCAGCUUCAUUGGUGUCAAUGGGUUCGGAAGCCCGGCAGAGUCGAAGUAUACAAUGAUGCAGCGAAUGACUACCAGCAGCAGCUCUCCCAGUCUUCUCAAUGAUGGUGCCAAGAACUUCAGCCACAGCGCUCAUGAUCCAGUGAACUCCUCGACUUCGCCACUGUUCAGUGAUUUUGCUGCUCUUAGCCUUGCCCAGAGGAGAAAGGCUCCUAACCCCGCAGCGAGUGAGUUCAUCCCUAAAGGCGCCCCGCGCAUGGCUGCCAUGACGCAGUCUGCAGUUCAGACCUACCCUUCUCCGCUCUUUGCUCAUCCUGGUCUCGGAGGCUCCACAGCUGCUUUGGCGCCAGGUAUGUCUUUGUCCGCUGGAUCAUCUCCUCUCCACUCCCCAAAGAUCACACCUCACACCUCACCUGCCCCUCGUCGACGGAGUCACACCCCAAACCCUGCCAACUACAUGGUGCCCACCACUGCGUCCGAUCAGGGCGCUCACAUCAUUCAGAAAGAGACCGUCGGGGGGACAACGUACUUCUAUACAGACAACACCCCAGUGCCAAUGGCAGGGAUGGUGUUUCCUACCUUCCAUAUCUACCCCCCCACUGCCCCCCAUGUGGCUUACAUGCAACCAAAAGCCAAUGCGCCGUCCUUCUUCAUGGUUGAUGAGCUCCGACAGGAGCUGAUUCACAGACAUCUGAUAACCAUGGCCCAAAUUGACCACUCAGAGAACCCAGACGUACCAUCGGAGGUAGACAGCUACCACAGCCUGUUCCCCCUCGAGCCUCUCCCCCCACCUAACCGUAUGCAGAAAACCAGCAACUUCAGCUACAUCACCUCCUGCUACAAGGCGGUCAACAGCAAGGAUGACCUACCAUACUGCCUGAGGAGAAUACACGGUUUCCGCCUUGUUAAUACAAAGUGCAUGAUGCUGGUAGACAUGUGGAAGAAAAUUCAGCACUCGAACACCGUGACACUUAGAGAGGUCUUCACCACAAAGGCCUUUGGAGACCACUCAUUGGUCUUCUCGUACGACUUCCACGCAGGUGCAGAAACAAUGUUCAGCAGGCAUUUUAAUGACCCAGCGGCAGACUCGUACUUCACAAAGAGGAAGUGGGGGCAACACGAACCUCCACCACCGCGGCAGCACGCAGGCCUUCUUCCGGAGUCACUGAUCUGGGCCUACAUCGUCCAGCUCAGCUCGGCCUUGCGGACCAUCCACACAGCUGGUCUUGCUUGUCGGGUUAUGGACCCCAGCAAGAUACUCAUCACUGGCAAAACCAGGUUACGGGUGAACUGCGUCGGGGUGUUUGAUGUCCUAACUUUUGACAACAGUCAGACCAAUCAUCUUGCCCUGAUGCCUCAGUACCAGCAAGCCGAUCUGGUUUCGCUGGGCAAGGUGGUGAUGGCUUUGGCAUGUAAUUCACUGGCUGGGAUUCAGAGGGAGAACCUGCAGAAGGCCAUGGAGCUGGUGUCUAUAAACUACUCUUCAGACCUCAAGAACCUUAUUCUGUACCUGCUGACUGAUCAGUCUCGCCUGCGCAGUGUCAAUGACAUCAUGCCUAUGAUUGGAGCACGGUUCUACACGCAACUCGAUGCAUCGCAGAUGAGAAAUGAUGUCAUUGAGGAGGACCUUGCAAAGGAGGUACAAAAUGGUCGCCUCUUCCGCCUGCUUGCUAAACUGGGAACCAUCAACGAGCGGCCAGAGUUUCAGAAGGACCCGGCGUGGUCUGAGACAGGCGACCGCUACCUGUUGAAGCUUUUCCGGGAUCACCUGUUUCACCAGGUGACUGAAUCGGGGACGCCGUGGAUUGACCUCAGCCACAUUGUCUCCUGCCUCAACAAACUGGACGCGGGUGUUCCUGAGAAGAUCAGCUUGGUGUCCCGGGAUGAGAAGAGCGUCCUGGUCGUCACUUAUUCGGACCUGAAGCGCUGCUUCGACAGCACCUUCCAGGAGCUGCAGGCUGCAGCCGCCGGCUCUCUGUAGCGCCCCCUUUUGGGCCCAGGGUGGGACUGCCCAGACCUGGAGCGCACCAUUGCACUACAGCAGAAAACCGGGCUCUCAGACAUCUGCACAGCAAAGGCAGCGAGGCGGGGCUUCGUGAACCUCAGUCACAUACACUGAUUCCUGUCCAGCAGGAACCAUUUUUGUAAAGCAUUUAUAUUUUUCUGUGGCAGAAAUCAAAAAACAAAAAAAGGAAAACAGACUAACAUGGAAGCUGUGAUGAACGACAUUUCUUUUAAAUUCGGGGAACAAAACGAGAAACAAAACUUUUUUUUUUUCCUGCUUUUAUUUUUUAUUUCUACAGUUGGGGAUGUUAUUUUUCUUUUUUUGUGGAGGAGGAUGCACUAAGAUUUCAAUUUUUAUUUUAUUUUUAUGAAAUCGUUUGAGUGGCCUACUGGGUGCACAGAGAGCUAAAUGUGAUACACAUGGACAUAGAAACAUGAGGAUGUAAAUCCGGGUUUCUGUAAAACUCGCAUCUCUCUCUGCCGGCUGGAGACCAGAACCCCUUCAUUUUGAUGCACUCAGAGAUUGGACGCAUCACUCGAGGCUUUCAGUGCGAUAGGACGGCAGUUGUUUCUUAAACUUCGCCAACCUAGCUCAGCCUCGACCGCUGGUUCCCUGUGUGAAAGGACAAACCACUGGGGAAGGUGGGAAAGGGUUGCAAAGCUAGGAAAAGAUGGAUUUCAGAUGUUUUUCUAUAGGAAAUAAAGGAACCUGAAUCUCAUACUUGCGGGUGGGUGGGUGAACUUAGACGUGGGACCAGGAUCUGAGGCUUUUCUGUUGGAACUGAGGAAGGCGUGUCUUCUCCUGAGGCUGAAGGGUUUGUUACAUAUGCAGCAGCCACCUUGUAGUUAACGGACACCGCUGUGGUUGUUUCCGGUCUGCUGUCGUCAGUGAGCCACAGCUGCCUCUUUGUGGAAUGUCCUUAAUUUGUCCCUCCUUUGGUAUCCUCACCCCUCAUUUCCCCAAUCUUUGUCUUUAUCUUCUUCCUUAAAUUUUUGUCCUAUAAUCCCAAACAUCACCCUGCCCUCAGCAGGUGGGGGGGUCUAUGUUUGGGUAGAAAAUUGAUACUUGGUGACUUUUUACCAGCUGCUUUUUCUCUCUGCUCAGCUGUUGUGCCAGACUGCACAGCGGGACACAGGAGGCCGAUCAGGUUUUGCCUCAUUUUUCCUCUUUAAUACUCUGUGGACCAAUUCCAGCAGGGGUUUUAGGUGAAAGGGGGAAUGGAUCGAAGGAGGAUGGGGAAACCGACUUCAGUUUUAUUUGACUUUUUUAGGAUCAUGAGAUACGAACAGGCUGGAGACGCAGCUUUCGCACUCGGAUUUUUCUCUCAGGAUGACAAAGAGCCGGCGGACCCUCCCCCAGCCCCCCCCAUCCUCUCCCCCAGCCCUGAUGAUUGAAUGUCUUUGGCUGUCAAUGGGCGGAACAUCUUCAGAUGGAGGUUUUAGGUUUGUCGGGAUCAUGCAGCAAGGGAUUUCAUGUUGCCCCGAAGCACAGCUCUGCUUUCAUUUUAAUUUGACUGGGGGAAACAAACAGUGUUAGAGCUUCAUCCAGUCACUGUUACGCCACUCGAUUUGAUUUCUCUGCCUUUGUCUCAUGGUAUGAAUGUCAGCAAACAUGAGGCACUCUUCCAAAUCAGGCAGCGUCUCCUCCAUAGUUGGCCUUUUCUCUGACUUUUAAGGAAAAUAUGACUUGAUCUGUUCUUGGGGGCAACAGAUGCACGAGGAGCUGUGUUAGAUCAUGUACUAUUUCCUCUGUUUUAUUGAAAUCCAUGAACAAAAAAGAAUAAAACAAAUUUGUGGUGCUUUAGAAAUCCCUCACACACACAUACACACCCGAAAACCUUUGGACUCAACCAACAUGGUGUUAUAACACACACUCCAAUUUAACUUUAGAGUCAAACCCCCCUCCCACCCAGUUAUCCCUCACAGCAACACACCUACAAUCACCAUCUUAGUAUGUUUAAUGCCCCUCUUGUGUUCUUGUCUCAAAUUUUUGCAAUAUUUGUGUGUACAGCAGUAUUUUAAUAAAGAAUACCAAAACUGA